AACACAGCGACACACUGUCAUCUGCCACAGUCAUAUGUCAGAGCACGUUUUAUUUUUGGGAAGAGGUUAUUUUGCUAUUGUGGUUUCGAAAUAUAAUUAGAAAUGAAUGACUUUGUAUUAAACGAUAGUGAAUCAGACGUCGACUCUGACGAAGAGUUACAAGAAGCUUUUGCUAAAGGUGUUCUCAAACCUGGACUAAAUGAAGAAAUCGAGAAAACCGUCAAAACGUAUGUUAAUAAUGUUGCGGAAUUGAAGGCGAAGCUAAAAGAAAUAGAAUUAAAAUUACCAUGGGUAGAGAAAUUAGACUUAACUACCACAGUAGCACCAAUGGCCCCAGAUGUAGCGCUGCAGAUGGAAGAAACAGCUCAAAGAAGAAAGUAA